AUGGCCGAACAGGAACCACACUCGCUCGCCUCCACGUUUCCCAACCCCCCUCCCUUCUGGAAGGACUUCACCCCAGACAGAGUCGCACGCAUCGACGAGCUGCGCAGCGCCUUUGCCGGAGGCGCCAGCGAGCAAGCCUCCUCGCCCGCUGUGCGCAUCCCUGGUCUGCCGGGAGAGUUGGCCAACCUACAACCGCCCCCGGAGCCAUCAGACGGACGAUGGCGAGUCUUUGGCGCACAAUACACGCUCAACGACAAACUUCCCACCCUCGAAGAACAGGGCAUCGCCAACCUGCCCACCACGGCGCUAUCCGACUCCAAGGACGCAAAGCACUACGACCGCGCAUUCCAACUCAAGAAGCUCUCCAAAUCCCUGCUCCUCAACUUCCUCGAACUCGCCGGCACCCUGUCGCGGGACCCCGCCCACGCGCAAGGCAAGAUCCAGGACUUGCGGACCCUGUUUGUCAAUAUCCAUCACAUCCUGAAUGAGUACAGGCCCCACCAGGCGCGAGAGUCGGCCAUUGCCAUGAUGCAGGACCACUUGGACAGGACGCGCAGCGAGACCGAAGCGAUAACGUCGCAGGUUGACAAGGCAAGGAGCAUACUGCAGGGCCUCGCCAACCUCGGCCACGCCGACCCGCGCCUCGCUGUCGCCGGGGAGGACGCUGCCGCCGAGGCGGGCAGCGAGGGGGACAAGACGCCGACCAAGAGGGAGACGGACUUGUGGGCUGCUACCGAUGCCCUGCUCGGGCUGUGA